GGCUAUUAUGUCGAUUAUUGAAGGUAUAAAAAGCGUGGAUCUCUAAGUGAAAGUAUUCAUUUGGAAUCAUACAACUGACAGGACAAGAUGAAGAGCGUCGCCGCCACACUGAUUGCUGCCUUUUUAUGCCUCGGCCUGACCGCGUGUCUUGCCGAUGAUUUUGAUGACUUCGGUUAUCAGACCAUGCAAUAUCCACAAUACAGCACCGGAUAUGUCGGUGGAUACAGUGGAUACGGAAAGGGAAUGGGACAUGGAUACGGUGGAUACGGAAAGGGAAUGGGACAUGGUUACGGAAAGGGAUACGGAAAGGGCUACGGACAGAGCUAUACCGAAGAGACCAUCAUUCGUGCCCCAAUGGCGCCUAUGCCUAUGCCAAUGCCAAUGCCCUUCCCACCUGCACAACAGUCAACCAAUGGCCUAUUUGGAACCGGAACCGGAAAUGAAGAGAUCGGUCUUCUCUUGUUCGCCCUAUUCGUUCUCCCUAUCCUACUGAACGGAGGAAAUGGCCUCCUCGGAUAAAUGAUUAAGGAUGACGCUUUCAUCUUUGUCUGUCAAAGCAAAAGCAAUUUAAAAUAUAUCGCGCUAUAUCAUGGUUAUGUCGUGACGUCUGUGGAAAUCCAUACUUGUUGUUAUCGUUAAUAAAACCUAAAUUAUUCUGAAA